CCGCUCCUCCUCCCGAGGGAACCACCACCGGGCACCUCGCCUCGAAUGUCACCUACGCGUCGGCUGCGUGCGGCCGCACCAGCCAACCCGGCCAUGGCCGAUCCGUCGGUCCCAUCCUGAGGGGGCCCGAUGCUGGACGUCCGCUUCCAGGACCCGCGUCCAGGCAGGACCGAGUCGGCCCCGACCCCCUGAGAGUUCCACCCCGAAGAGGGACCCAGGCGAGGCUAAAGUGCGCGAGUGGAUGAGACCGGUCCGGACCACCCUGAGGACCCCUGGAGGACUCUCCUGCGCGAGGAACGGCGAGAGAUGAUCUUCGAGCUGCUGGUGGCAGGAGCCCUCGCCCGAGCCACACUAAGGCGACUCGGUGGCGCAAACGGCCACUCUGACGAGCCUGGUCUUCUUCCUGAGUUCCGGACUGAUAGCGGUUUCCGCAGCCCCGACCUACGGGAUCCGCACCUCGGAGGCGGCGGACAUGGAGCGGUGGAUCCAGCCCUGCGGAACCCCCGUGGCCGCAGCCCUUAAGAAGCUGCCGCAGAGACACAGCGUCCACCGCGCCCUGAAGAGGGUCCGGACGCAACUGAGGGUCGCGCAGAAUCACUUCAGGAAGGACCUCAAGGACGUCCACGAGAUCUACUCGAAGGUGUAUAAAGUGCUGAAGGAGCAGUACAGGAUGAGCUGGCUUCCGGAGAAGCAGCUCGAGUGGUACCACAGGGAGUUGUGGUGUCUGGAAAAGGGCAAGAAGGCCGAAAGAGCCCUGCCGAGGUUGCACGACGCCCUCCAGAGGUUCGCCAUCACCUUCCACCACCUGAGGGCCUUCGAGCUCAAGUCCAACAUCAACGCCGACCUCACAAUGAGGAGGAGGAACCGAAUCAUCGACGGGAUGCACAACGAGGUCGUCAGGAUGCUGUGCGAGGUGGAGACCGCCAUCCUGAACCUGGGCCUGCAGUUGCCGGUGUCGCACAAAUCCGUCAUCGUGACGGAGAGCUCCAACUGGGCAAAGGAGGGCGACCUGACAUUGAUGCUGAUCCAGGACUGGGGGGUGCUGAGACUGUACCAGGUCUUCCUGAACGACUGGAUGCGCGCCUUCAGGAACGCCACGGCGACAGGUCCAGGAACCUGCGACCCGAGCACGCUGAAGCCCCUGAGUCUCAAGCCGAAGAACCCGAAGAGGGUGGAGGCGAAGGGGAAGAGGCCCAGGAACCAAGGCCAGGAGCAGAGCCAGCCCCAGGGGAAGCGGCAGCCCGGGGCAGCGAGGAGGACCCAGGUCCCCAAGCGAAACGGGCCCCAGGGUCAGGGACCGAGAAGAGGCUUCAGGAGGAGGCUCGCCAAACGCAAGCAGCGGAAGGACCUGACCUGAAGAGACAACCCCCGGGAGGAAAUUCGAGUCCCUCGAGCCUGCGAAUCCGACCUCCAGGAACAGGGACUCAUGCGGAUCCUCGGGUCUCACCCGGACCCGAGGCCAACCCUGAAGAGACCUCCACCCACCGACACGAGUGUCGGGCUUCGGAUGAAGAGCGUCCUUCGAAUCACCAGUGCCUCGCCUCCUAUUUAUUCCAUUGUCACGCGACGUCAUACACCAAGGCGUGUACUCGUACCUCACUUCGAGUACUAGAAGGCUGAAAUUAAGGCCAUAAGGCGUAAACGUAUUAAAAGUGCGUUUUUGAAGGAAAUGAGGUACGAGGACGAGCCUUGAGAUAUCUUAGUGCGGUCUUGCCAGUCGAUCGUUCCAAGACCCGGAGCUGAUGAGUCUUCACCUGGUGGGUUCUUCUCGAAAUCCCGAUAUUUCGACGGAUUACCUGGUGGACGUGUGCCCGGGUCAGGGCGACGCGACGAGAGGACCUUCCCCUGGAAGUGACGCGGGACUUUCGCGCCCCGUUUUGCGGACUAGAGAUCAGUAUUAAGAGAUCUAUUUCAGAACGGUUCUAUACUAUCCCACUACGAGCAGUAUUACACAUCGAGUAACGAGUAUUAAGGGCGAUUACUCGCACGCAUCCUCGACGGUGUGUCUCAAUCGGCACUUCAGUCGGCCGCGCUGCACUUGCCGCGGCACGCAGCCAUUCCGUCGGGAUUCCGCAUGCGAAAUCCGCCCCUCGACCGGUCCCCACCAUCGGACGUAGUUUUUUUUACCCCUUAAGAUAAUCUAAGCCCUAUUUAUUCUAGCUUUAACGUGCGACGGCGUAAACUUGCAAGUUGUUUUAGCUGUGAUAUCGCGAGCGUACGCGGCGACGCGUACGCAGUUCCUACGUUUUAUAAAUAUAAUGCGAGAUUCUUUUCUGUCUCUCUCUCUACCCACGUACAUAUAUAUAUAUUUCUUUUCUUUUUAAUAAUUAUCAGCGCGGUCGGCGACGAUCACUGUAUUAUUUUUCAUCCCGACGCGCCGGACCGCGCUCGCGUUGCCGAGGCUUUUUGCCCUCCUGAGUCUACAGUUUCUCCUCUCGGCGAGAAGAGUCGAUAAUUUGUCGAGUAAACAAACAAUAAAUAAUAAAGAAUGACAGUAGGCUCGAGCAAGUCGGGCCGCGAUAAUCGAAUCUCGCGUCGAAAGACCGGCACGACUUUUUUGCUGCGUUUAAGCACCCUCGAAUGAAAAAUCCUGGUUAAUGUUGAUAGACAAGUCUGGUUAAAAGAGUCCUGGUUCUCGUUAACGAGAAAGUCUGAUUAACUUGUCCGUGGAAAAUUCUUAUUAUCGAAGGUCUGGUUAUCUUAAUUAAAUUCCUAAAUUUCCGGCGGAUCGUUCUCGCUCGUCCACCCGAAUAAUCCUCGGAUUUACCGGAUGAAAGUAUUAACGCCAGCGGAUAAUAAUUUAUUGAUAAUACCCUUUUGGAUAAUAUUAAGGGCACAGUUCACGAUCCUAGAUCUGAAAAUGGAGUUCUGGAUCCUUUGACAGGACUUUUUCUCGAGUGCUCUCGACCGGUACAGCCUGACCGAUACGUAAUUGUAAUUAACUGGAAACUGAAUGUCCCUUAAUUUUCAUGUUUUCUCCCUCCAUUUUGUAUAAACAUUGAGCCUCGAUAUGAAAAAUUUCGACCCGCGGUACUUUACUCCUAGAGCUCCAUUUUUAAUGUACAUUUUCCGCGCGAUCUAUGCAAAGAAAGACGACUCUCGCGCAUGCGUAGCAGUAGGCCUUAAGGCAGGUCGGGCACAAAAUACCCGAACGAUUAAAAGAGGCAUCUAAUGCAUCUUUGUACUUCUUCUAUUUUCACUUCCUUUACGUACAUCCGCGGGUAUUCGUUUCUUUAAGUAUUCCGUACGUCUAAAUGAGAGCUGCGUGUUAACCGCAUGGAUUUUCCGUCUGCGGCUUGACGAGCCGCAUCCCUGCGGGGCGGCGGCAUAUUUAUCGGGCAUACGCGUACAUACGCAUACUUACAUAACACGUUAGUACCUAUUUAUUGUAUCACGUUACCAUUGCAUAUAUUAUUUAUUGC